AGGUUCGGUCGUUCGUUUUCCUUUCUUCCAAAUCUGUACACUUUCUUUUCCCUCUGUUUUCACAUUACAGACUUGAAAGCAAAAUCUUUGACCAAAAUCAACCAACCCUGUUCUUCCUUCUAUAUCUUCCCCUUAUCUUUUCAGAAUUCCCAAUUCAAAAACUCACAACAAUGGCUACUCACCGCCAACAACGACGACAUUACUCUGUUUCAUUCGCUUUCCCUUUUUUCCUUGCCUUCUUUCUCCUUCUCUCCAUUGAACCCAUUACCGCCAUAGCCACAGAAACCGAAGCUCUUCUGAAAUGGAAAGACAGUCUCCCAAAACAAUCGCUUCUCGAUUCAUGGGUCAUCUCUUCAAACUCAAGCUCCUCUGUUUCAAAUCCAUGUCAAUGGCGUGGCAUCUCGUGCAACAAUCAGAGCAGUGUCAUUGAAAUUAAACUCGACAACACUGGUUUAAUAGGUACUCUCGAUCACUUGAACUUCUCUUCCUUCCCAAAUCUCCUUCGUCUCGAUCUCAAAAUCAAUAAUCUCUCUGGUGUAAUUCCCCCUUCCAUUGGAGUUCUUUCAAAGCUUCAGUUUCUUGAUCUUUCCACUAACAAUCUCAAUAGUACUCUGCCUCUUUCUCUUGCGAAUCUCACUGAGGUUUAUGAACUUGAUGUUUCUCGUAAUUUCAUUACUGGGUCUUUAGAUCCUCGUCUUUUUCCAGAUGGGUCUGGGAAUUCGAGAACUGGGUUGAGGAGUUUGAGGAAUUUCUUGCUUCAGGAUACCCUGCUUCAAGGGAGAGUACCUGAAGAAAUUGGGAAUAUCAAGUCCUUGAAUUUGAUAGCUUUUGAUAGAAGCCAAUUUUCUGGUCCAAUUCCUCAAUCUAUAGGGAAUUUGAGUAAUUUAAACAUUCUUCGUCUCAAUGAUAAUCAUUUUUCUGGAGAGAUUCCUCAAAGCAUUGCAAAUUUGAAGAACUUGACUGAUUUGCGUUUGUUCAUUAACGAUUUAUCUGGUGAAGUACCUCAAAAUUUAGGGAAUAUGUCUUCCUUAACUGUUCUUCAUCUUGCUGAAAACAAUUUCAUUGGUACUUUACCUCCUAAUGUUUGUAAAGGAGGAAAACUCGUUAACUUUUCAGCUGCGUUCAACAGUUUUUCUGGUCCAAUCCCCAUGAGCUUGAAGAAUUGUCCUAGUUUAUACCGUGUUUUGAUUCAAAGUAACAACAUUACUGGAUCGUUGGACCGAGAUUUCGGAGUGUAUCCCGAGCUUAAUUAUAUCGACUUAAGCAACAAUCAGUUUGAUGGAAACCUUUCUCCUCGAUGGGGACAGUGCAAAAACUUAACCCUUCUGAGGAUCACAGGAAACAAUGUGAAUGGUGAAAUCCCAAAUGAGAUCACUCUGUUGGAGAAUUUGGUGGAACUCGAACUCUCUUCGAAUAAUCUCUCUGGACCGAUACCGAAAAGUAUCGGGAAUUUGUCGAAACUAUCGGUACUUGGACUACAAAACAAUCGACUUUCUGGAUCGAUCCCUGUCGAGCUUGGAAGCAUUGAAGAUUUAGCACAUUUGGAUCUCUCCAUGAAUAUGUUGAGUGGAACAAUUCCUUCAGAAAUAGGUAACAAUGUGAAGCUACAAUAUUUAAGUUUGAAUAUGAACCAAUUGAAUGGUUCGAUCCCAUUUCAAAUAGGAAGUCUUGUAAACUUGCAAGAUUUGCUAGAUCUAAGUCAUAAUUCAUUAAGUGGAGAAAUUCCUUCUCUUUUGGGGAAUCUUCUAAGUUUGGAGAAUUUAAACUUGUCUCAUAACAAUCUCUCUGGAUCUAUACCAGAUUCUUUAGGCAAAAUGGUGAGUUUGGUUUCUAUAAAUCUUUCUAAUAACAAUUUAGAAGGUCCUCUUCCUAGUGAAGGCAUCUUUAAAACGGCUAAAUUGGAGUCUUUCAGUAACAACAGAGGAUUAUGUGGAAAUAUGAAUGGUCUCCCACAUUGCACUAGUUUUGUGGAUACACAAGAUGAAGAAGAAAGUAGCAAGAACAAGCUUGUGAAGAUUCUUGUACCAUCUUUAGUGGGAGCAUUUUUAGUAUCUGUUGUAAUAUUUGGAGUUGUUUUUUGUAUCUUAAGAAAGAAAACAAGUCAAGAUCCAGAAGGCAAUAUGGCAACAGUGAGGGAUCAGAAAGUGUUUUCAAACAUUUGGUACUUCAAUGGUAGAAUUGUGUAUUCCGACAUAAUUGAAGCGACGAAUGAGUUCGACGACGAGUACUGCAUUGGGGAAGGAGGAUCAGGAAAAGUUUACAAAGUGGAAAUGCCUGGAGGUGAGGUAUUUGCAGUGAAGAAGCUUUAUUCUUGGGAUGAUGAAAUGGGGUUGAAGAAUCAGAAGAGUUUUGAGAAUGAAGUUGCUGCUUUGACUGAAGUAAGGCAUAGGAACAUUGUUAGGUUGUAUGGAUUCUGUUCUAAAGGAGUUCAUACGUUUCUAGUUUAUGAUUAUAUUGAAAGAGGAAGUUUAGCUCAUGUGUUGAGCAUCGAAAAGGAAGCGAAGGCGUUCGAGUGGUCGAAGCGGCUCGAUGUCGUAAAAGGUAUUGCACAAGCACUAUCUUAUCUUCAUCAUGAUCGUAAGCCUUCGAUUGUACAUCGAGAUGUAACAGCCAACAAUGUCCUGUUGGACUCCGAGUUUGAAGCACAUCUUGCAGACUUUGGCACGGCGAGGUUCUUGAAACCAAACAUGCGUUGGACGACGGUUGCAGGCACUCAUGGCUACGUUGCCCCAGAGCUUGCAUAUACAAUGGUGGCGACUGAAAAAUGUGACGUCUAUAGUUUUGGUGUCGUGGCGUUUGAAGUUUUGAUGGGAAAGCAUCCUGGAGACCUGAUUCUAUCGUUGCAUUCGAUAUCUGAUUACGAGGUUGAACUCAACGACAUCUUAGACUCUCGUCUUGGUCUUCCUAAAGAUCAAAAAACAAUUAGUGACUUGACUUUGAUAAUGAAUAUAGCAAUUUCUUGCUCCCACAAAGAUCCUCAAUCAAGACCAACUAUGCGAAAUGCAUGCCAAUUGCUUGAAAUGGAAGAUGCAAAUAAUUAGCAUAUCUGGUGAAAGAACUUUGUUCUUCUAGUUUAUGGCAUAUAUUUCUUGUAUCGUGGAGUUGUAAUUUUUAUUUGGUGAAAGAAAGUAAUUUUUCGUUUGAAUGAUUUUACUCAA